AUGUUUGACCGAGGUUUCAUCAUCAUCAUCGUUGUCUCAUCUCCGGCGUCUGCUAACCGCUAUCCAUCUUCUUCGGGGGAAGAGGAAACGUCUCUCCGAUCACCGAGGAGAUUCUCUGGAACCCGUCUCCUUCGUGGAUUGAUGGAAAGAAAAGCUGAUAUGUUGCUUGAGAGACUCACCAAGAAACCACCUUCGCUUGUUGAUCUAUGCGUUAGGUUAGCUAUUGAUAAUGUACGCUACAUUGGGUACGUUGGUGGUGUUGAUUUUCAGCUCCUUGAGAAGAUUUUCCAGCACUGUACGUUAGAACAGCUCAUGCAUAUUGAGGAUUCUACUCCUGACACGGAUCUUAGUCCUGUGACUAAUGAGUUGUGGAAGAGGUUUUAUGAGAAGCAGUAUGGUGCUAAGAACUUGAGUUUUGUUGUGGAGAAGAUGGAGAGGAGUAGAGUGAGUUUCAAGUGGAGAGAGUUGUAUGAGGCGAAGUCGAAAGUUGUGGAAGAAGAUGAGAAGGAAGCUGUUGAUCGACUGAAGGAACGUUACAAGAAUGAAGAUGCAAGGAAACAAAGUCGUCAAACUAAGCUCUGCGCAAAAGCUCCUCCAAUCAAAAAAGCCUUCUGGGGUAAUAGUGGAUCUGGUUACAAUCUUUCGCAUGUCAAGAGCAACAUCAUGAAGAAGGCUAAGCUAGAUGUUUUAAAGAGUCAAGAAGUGAAGAAUCUCACUGCAAUUAAGAGGAACAGUAUUCAGAAGGGUGUCAGUUCUCCUUCAAAGAGGACCUACUUAUCGGGGAACGUGCCUUCAACUUCAAGAAGCAACUCUGCUGGAGAACAAGGGAAAAAUCUCCCUGCAGUUAAAAAGAAUACAAUCCAGAAGAACUUCAGUAUUUCUGCGCCAAAGAGGACAAACCUAUCCGUGCAUGCGCCUUCAACUUCAAGAAGUGGUGAAGGAAAUCUACCUCCAAAGAGGAUCAACAGCCUUCUUGGGACAGCUCCUUCAAGUUCAAGAAGCAACUCUUACGGUGAAGGGAAUCUACCUCCAAAGAGGAUCAACAGCCUUCCUGGAAGUGCUUCUUCAACUUCAAGAAGCAAUGGUGAAGGGGUUCUACCUUCAAAGAGGAUCAACAGCCUUUCUGGGACUGCUCCUUCAAGAAAUACAGCCACCAAAAGAAAACAUGUAAUGUAA